AAUCAAACAAUGUUUGUUCGAUAUAUGUUUAAAUGCUUAAAAUAUGUUAACUUGCUAAUGUGGCUAAGUUGGUUUAUAAUUACCAAAAGUAAAGUCAAACUGGCUGAAAAGUUCAGAUAAAAAUCGCGAUGUCAACGUUUGAAGUAAAAGAAACUAGCUUAGACUCGGAACAAGAAAACGAACAAUUAAUUAACAAUUCCAUUGAAGAAAUUCGUAAAUGUAGUACACAGAAUCAUAUCGACACAUCUUGGGAACAAAGUUAUUAUGUUUCAUUUCAAGAGUUGAAAAACAGUAAGCCUGAUAGGACUCCACCUUUUAUGAGUAUAAUGAUUGACGCAGAAACUGUUGAUAGCAGAGUAAAUAGUUCUACACAAACAGAAUUCGCAGCUCCGACGCGUGGCAAUAUUACUGACGAAAAUUUAUCGCUUUCUAAAUACUUUAAUUAUGAAGAUUUAUCAUCUAAUGAAAAUGAUGAACGAUCUUCAAGUAAGCGCUUCAGACACGAGUCUUUAGAAGAUGAUAAAGAAAUACGACCAUGGAAAAAGACGAAGUGUACAGAAUCAAAUACAUCGAGUUCAACUGAUUUAAAUGAUCAGAGAUCUCUACAGAAAUCCCUAUCAGCCAAUGAAUUAUGUUCUGAUUCAGAAUUAUCAUUUAAAUCAAUUAAUAGUAAUUAUUCUUACAAGACCCGUAAAAGAAGAAGAAAAUCAGAUUCUAAUUUAUUUCGGAGUGUUUUUCAAAGGUCUGGAAAGUGUAACUAUUUCAAUAAAUACAAUUACUCUGAAAGCAAAUCACCAGGAGAUACACCAAGGAACGAUAAGCCACACCGGCGCAACAAACGUACGAAAUUAUCGAAGCUGGUGGACCUUUGUACAUGGAUUGGCAGGAAGGGUUUCCAGUCCCUCACCGGUUUGUAUGCAGACAUUCUCAGGGAACCAAUAAGUCAAGAUGAAAACAAAGAAAAUAUCUACGCGGAGGAGUUGAAACGUCUAGGAAGAUUCAUUGACGAGGUCGAUCAAAAGCAAAUUCGUUUGUCGCGAGAAAAUGAAAGCCUUCAAGAAGAAAUGAAAAAAAUGGCAGCGAAAAUAGCAGAGCUAGAAAAUAAAAUUAGUUGCCAGCAAAAUGCAUACAACACUCAAUCAUCUUUCAAGCCAGUAACAUGUCCUCCACCACCGCCGCCUCCUCCCCCCCCGCCACCACCACCGCCGCCGCCACCACCACCAUCGACAUCAUCAAACAAAUUACCAAUGCGCUCACACACAAUUCCAAGAUGCGGUUCAGCGCCACCGAGAAUAGCGGGACCACGUCUUACUAUUACCCCGCAAGACAUCGCUAAUGUAAAACUGAGAAAAGCUAAGGACAAUCCUGUUCGAGCUAAGCCAAAAGAAGUCCAACAGCCACUGGUAACGCAGCAUUUGCUUGAGGCCACGAGGGCGAGGCUUGGUCGAAACCGACCCGUCGCUGCCUCCACACCAAAGCAGCAGCUAUCUGAUUUAGAAAAGUGCUUAUUACAAGAGACAUCAGUAACAUCGCUGUACAGGCGGAGGGUGACACGUGGAACGUUUCGUAGUACGGAAGAGUUGCGGGUGCGGCCGUAUCCCGCAUCGCGAUGUACUCGUUCGCCGUGCUCUCCGCGCUCACCUCGCUCUAAUUCACUGUCUCGAGUAACCCCUACAUCUCCACUUAAAUAUCCCCUUUUAUGUCCGAGCAAAGAAUGACGAUCUGUGCAUUCGUGAUAAUUUUCGUAAUGUGAUUGAAUUUUGUAACAUUUAAUAAUGUUUGUAAUUUUGGUAAAUAUCAAUACACAACCAUAUUUACCAGAAUAAUUAUGUUUGGUAUUUUAUGAACCUUGUCUUCCGAUGACGAUCUUUUAAGAUUGCCAGUACAGCUAGAGUAAUUAAUAAAUAAGGUAUUACGUCAUAUUUAUCUGAAAUUAGCAAAUAUUAAAAAUAUUUAUAGGUACACUGUAAAUGACAUUGAUAAUGACGCUGACUGUACUGAAAUUUGAUUUGAAAUCAAGGUUAUUCUGCAAUUAAAAAAAUUACAUUGACUGUAAUAAUAAUUAAUACUUUAUAAUACGAUCUUAUUUUAUGUAACAUUAAAAUUAUCCAUUAAACAAUGUUAUCUUUUUUAAUGAAAAGAACGAAUUUGUACACUGCAGAUGCUUGUCGUAUUUACAAGAUUUAUACUUAAUAAUACUUUUAUAAAAU